AUGGACGUCGAUCAAGAAGAUUCAAGUAAUGUUUUUUUUUGUAAUAUUAUUCCUGAUUUAGAACCAUCACGACAUACAGUAAAACAAAGAAGAUGGAGAGCACGUCGAAAACACAAGCCUCACUCAAUAGAAUUAUCUUUACCUCAUACAACUGUACAACAACCUAUUGAGCAAAAUAUAAAUCUAUCAUCUGAUAAUGAAAGUUUUGAAGAUAAUUUUAUCAAUGCUGAAAAUGGUAAUUUUGAAGAUGAUUCUAUCAAUGAUGAAAAUGAUAAUUUUGAAGAUAAUUUUAUUAAUGAUGAAGCUGAUUAG